GCUAUUACCCGUCCGAUUACCGCUAGUAUCACAAACUCCGAUUGUCCUCUUGGUCGUGAAGCUGCUUCUGGGUGUGAUGAAGGAUCUAGCAAUACUAAGUUGCCCAUAUCAAGAGACAUUACUCUGCAAGCUUCCAAAGCCUCAUCUCCUACCCGACCCCAAUUCGGAUCCCUCCAAUACACUCAACUCACACCCUGUGACAUUGGUACAAGUAGUAGAGCCUCAACUCAGGCCCCAAUCCAGCCGAUUACCACAAUAGUCACUGCCCCUUCGGUCAGUCGCCCUUGUGAUACAUUUUUACUCGGUAGCAGGGAUUCGCAAUCCAAUUGGACUGCUGCUAUCUUUCCAACCAUCUGGGAUCAAGCUACUGCAGUAGAUGGUAUGAAUGUGUCGAUAACUAAUACGACCUUUUUGCCGGAUGAUUGGAAAGAUCAUGGAAUUCAUGAGGUAUUUCGGCUAGAUAGGAAGCAGGCAAAGAAGGCAGAGAAGGAACGCCGUCGCGAGUUGGAGGAGUUGGAGCGGCAAACGCGCAAGAAAAAAGAGAAGGAGAAGAAGGCCGGGAAGCAAAAUAAAAAGGAAAAAGAGAAAGAGAAAGCUAAAUGGAAAGAGAAGGAUAAAAAAGGGAAGCGUAAAGAGGGAACAUUUCGCAGAUAUUCUAUGAGGUCCGAGCCUUCCAGGAGGGUAGAAGAGGUAUGCCAAUGCUUAUAA